AUUUUGAAGGCACGUAGGUUGUGGAGCUUUUAAAUAGAUGUAGUCCGAGCCGCGAGCUCGUCGAGGACUGAACACUUCUCUUCAUAAUAUAAACGAGCCCCGUGUCCUCCACGCGUGUUGAGAGUUGUUCACGCAGCGCGCAGUUUCCCCCACAACUUUCAUCCCUUUGGACCCGUCCAUCGGCAGGAUAAAUAUUUGUACAGAUGACCUAAACUUCCAUCUCUGAAAUGAUGGAGAAAAGACAAGCAGAUUCACAGACCACUGUGGUGGAGGACCAAGACACAUGGCAAGAGCUAGCUAUAAUGGACCCAGUGGACAAACCACACCUGGUACACAAGAUGUCAUCAGAGGAUUGAUUACAUAGCAAGCCAGCGACGUAAGGCCUCCGAGGACCAGGAGGCUCUGUUAUUGAACAGGGCUAAACAUCCUAAACAUCGCCCUCUGCUGGUCUCCUUCGCCCUGGAGGAGUUUGAGUUUCCCUCCAGCAUCUGUUUAGAAGAGAUGCCCCUCUUCCCCCAGUGGCACCUACCCCUCAAACUGAUGGCCAUCUUGAUGGCGCUGACCUUCCUGUACACUUUUAUGAGGGAUGUGCUGCAGCCCUUUGUGUCUCAGAGCAGGAGUGACUUCUAUAAGAUCCCUAUACUGGUGAUGAAUAAGACCCUGCCAUGGACGGCCAUAUCUCUGCUUGCUCUGGUCUAUCUGCCUGGGCUACUGGCUGCCCUGCUACAGCUGCACAGAGGUACCAAGUACAGCAGUUUCCCAGGCUGGUUGGAGAGGUGGAUGUCUAUGAGGAAACAGCUGGGCCUGCUAGCUUUCUUCCUAGCAGCACUCCAUGCUAUCUACAGCCUCUGUUACCCUAUGAGACGCUCCUACAGAUACAAGCUGCUCAACUGGGCUUACCAACAGGUCCAGCAGAACCAGGAGGACUCAUGGGUAGCAGAUGACGUGUGGCGUAUGGAGAUCUAUGUCUCCCUGGGUAUCAUGGGUUUGGGUCUCCUGGCUUUAUUAGCCAUCUCCUCCCUUCCCUCCAUUUCUGACGCCCUCAACUGGAGAGAGUUCACCUGGAUGCAGCUGUUGACAGGCCUCCUUUUUGUUUACCUAUCUUCUGGUCCUUCCAUCCUGCAGAGGACUCUGGGAUAUGCUGCCCUGGUCCUGUGUACAGCCCAUGCUCUGGUCUACGGCUGGAGGAAGUGGGUGGAGCCUAAGCACUACGUGUGGUACACCCCUCCAUCCUUUAUCCUGGCCUCGCUCCUCCCAGCCACCGUCCUAUUGGUCAAGGCUGUGCUGCUGCUGCCUUGCCUGGACCGGAGGCUGGGGCAGAUUCGUCGAGGCUGGGAGAGUCCCUGCCCCCCAAGGGGAAGGGGAGUGACUGAAAAAGACUCGCUAUGAAAGAUGACACGUCAAAACCUGGGAUGCAGCAGUGACGAUUGAUAAAUUGUUUCAAUUUUGGGAUAAGGCCGGAAGCUUGGUCUCUGGACCUCAAGGAGAAUCGGUGCUGGUUGAUGGGCAACAUAAAGUGGCCACUGUACAGUUCUACUCUUCUGCUUAUUAUACAGAUAUCUGAGGUGACAUACUCUGUAGUCUACACACAGUGUGCUUACUGAAUCGAUGUCUUGAGAACAUAACCUGGUUAAGCAGGCUGACCGCUGUGCUCAUGUUUUGUUUAAUUGAGAUAUUGCAAGAUCAGACUGGUUUCACAAGGCUGCUGAGGAAGCUCAGUUCAGUUGAAGGUAAAAGUAAAACGAAUGACCAUCUUGUGGCAUGUUUGCACCCAGUCAGGGAAACAUGGAGAAGCCAAAGCCUGCUCCUCUUAGACAAUUAUUCUAUAAGUAAGUAGUUAGUGCAUAGUAAUGUUAUUUAAUGUCAGACUAGACAAUGGCUGUAGACAAUCCCUGUAGACAAUGUAAAAUGUAGUGCACUAUAUAGGGAAUAGGGUGCCAUUUGGGAAGCAACCAUUGAGAGCAUCAUCAUAAUUCCGAUUUAAGUAGACCCAUGAUAAUUUAUAUGAAUGAUUUCGAAGCUUACUUUGUGCUUGUUUUCACCUGUAUUUUCUCUGGCGCUAGAAUAUCCAUUAGAAUAUAUUGUAUUAGAAUAUGUUUUAUCGAGACAGCAGCAAAAAGUCCUGAAAUAUCCCAAAAUGCAGUUGAAGGUAGAGGAACUACCCUCAGUUUCACUCUGAAAUAAAGAUUUGAACAUGAUGAGAGUUCAA